AUGGAGGAUAGUGAUAAAGAAAAUACAUUAUUGCUACCAAAUAAUAAAUAUCGAAAUCAAAAUUUUAUAAGAAAUCAAGAUGAAGAUGAAAAUGAAAAUGAAAAUAAUGAUAACUUAGAAAAUGAUAAUAAUAAAAGAAAUUAUAUUAGUAUAAAUAACUAUGAACCAUAUAAAGAAAUUGAUAAUAAUAAUAAUAAAAAUAAUAAUAAUAAUAAUAUUAUCAACAAUAAUAAUAAAAUUAACUUUUAUAAUAAUUUAAUACCGAGAAUUAAAAGUUAUUUUCAAGAAAUCAAACCAUUUUUAAAAUAUUGUUCAUUCUCAUUUUUAUUUUCAUUCGACCCUUCAGAACCAUAUUUAGUUGAUUAUUUUACAAAUGUUUUAGGAAUUAAUCAAACAAUUGUUUACCAAGAAAUCUAUCCAUAUUGGACCUACUCAUACUUUGUAUUUUUAUUAAUAUUUGGAAUUUUAGGUGAAAUUAUUGGUUAUAAAGUUAUAAUAAUUAUUGGAAUGGUUGCGAAAAUAUUAACGAUUGGUGUAUUAUUAAGUACAAAUAAUAUAAUAUGGAUGAUAUUAGAACAAAUUACAGAAGGAUUAUCGUAUAGUGCUUAUACAGUAUUCUUGGCAUAUAUUUAUUUUAGUUUAGAUACGAGUGAAUACCAAAAAAUGGCAUGUCGUGUAAAUGCAGGUUAUUUAGUUGGUAUUGUAUCGUCAGGUCUUUUAGGACAAUUAUUGGUUGAACAAAGAUUACCAUUGGUUUAUUUAUUAAGUAUUGCAUGUGGUACGAACAUUCUUGCAUUAAUAUUAGCAUUAGGUUUCUCAAAUUAUAAAAUUGAUCAAAAAUUUUCACUAAAAGAAGUGAUUAGUGAUUUAUUUGGUACUUUUAAAAAUGCUGAUAUUGUUAGAUGGUAUAUUUGGAGUGGUAUUGCAAUUUCAAUUCAUCAAAUAGUUAUAACUUAUUGGCAAAAUUUAUUUUUACAAGUAAAUGAUGAACAAAGUUGGAAUGGUUAUAUAUCUGCAAGUGCAUAUUUCUUUGCGUCAUUUUUUGCAAUUAUACCUUCAAAAUUGGGUAAUAAAAUUAAUAAUAUUCAAGGUAUUAUUUUAGUUUUAUUUGGAUUAUUAGGUGGUGGAUUAUUGGUUUUGAUGGGAUUUGGUGGAAGUACAGUUGUUAGUGCAUUAAGUUUUAUAAUUUAUAAUUGUUGUUUUGAAUUUGUUUCACCAAUUGUAAAUGUUCAAAUUGCAAAGAAAUUAUCAAGUAGAAUUGGUGUAUUAUUUUCAUUUAAUAUUAUGGUAGCAUUAACAAUACAAGUAUUGGUUCAAUCUGCUGUUGGUAAACAAUUUUUAAAUUUAGAUAUUAAAACUCAAUUCUAUUAUUAUGGUGCGUGUUUAUUCUUUCUCUCAUUUGGAUUUGCAAUUUUAUUUGGUUUUUUAUUUUUAAAGAAAAAAAUUAAUUCAAAUUCAAAUUCAAAUUCAAAUGUUGAUGUCUUAAUUGUAAAUCAUAAUACUCAAAAUCAAAAUAGUGAAGAGAAAAAGAAGAAAAAAGAAUUAUAUUACAAUGCCAAUAUUAUUGAUUUCGAAAAUAAUAAUAAUAAUAAUAAUAAUAAUAAUAAUAAUAAUAAUAAUAAUAAUAAUAAUAAUAAUAAUAAUAAUAAUAAUAAUAAUAAUAAUAAUGUUGGUAUUGGCGGUAAUGAUAAUUUUAAAUAA